AUGGCUCUUAAACUUGACAUCUCAAAGGCUUAUGAUAAAGUUAACUGGAAUUUUUUGUAUGUUGUUCUAUCCAAGAUGGGAUUUCGGGGAAGAUUCCUCAAUGUUAUCAAGGUGGCAGUGGAAAAUGUUCACUACUCGGUGAUUGUCAAUGACACCCCUUGGGGAUUCUUCAAGUUUGGGAAGGGACUAAGGCAGGGCGCCCCUCUCUCACCUUAUUUGUUUAUUAUGGUGGCAAAAGUUUUGAGCAGGAACUUCUCCCACUUAAUCAGGAAUAGAAAAAUCUCAGGGGUGAAAGCGGCUUCUACCCUUCCUCCGGUGGUUAUGCAGCAAUUUGUUGAUGACACCUUCCUGUUUGGCCAGUCAUUUGUUAUAGAAGCAAAAGAAUGGAAACACUUGUUGGAGGAUUAUGCCUUGGCCUCAGGACAAAUUAUCAAUUAUAAUAAGAGCAAAAUUUAUUUUUUCAACAUGGAUAGGAAUCUCCAAGGUAAACUUAUGCAAAUCCUUGGAUGUUGUGUUGCUAAUCUUCCUGAUUCCUACUUGGGUCUUCCCCUCACGAUUAAGGAGGUCACUCCCCAAUUCUGGGAGUCGAUCUUAGAAAGAAUGCAGAAGAAACUUGUUGGUUAG